AUCAGAAUGAUUACAUACACGUCUAAUGUACAUUUAAUAUUCGUAAAUAAUAGUUGUGCAAUAAAAAUAGAUAUUAAUUCGAAUAAUCGAUUUUGAGUAAGAAUUUUGUGGAAAAAAGAUAAUGAUAAGUUAUCUGUUUAUUUGAAAACAAGAACAGAAAUAAGAGUCAAAAGGAAAACUAAGUUACGCGUGUAUUGGAGAUUGAAGCUACAGGCUCAAUCUUCGAGCGGUGGCGUACAAGCAGAGGAAGGUAGUUAAAGUUUGCUUUAUUAAAGCAGAUUAAAUCAUCAAUUGCAGGAAUUCUAAUAAUGGAUAUAUUAAGGAAUGUAUCGUCGGCUUUUUGGUCAACUGAUGUUUGGUUACCGCCUAAUAUAACGUGGGAAGAUAUCAAACCAAAUUCAGAUAAUAAAUAUGCAGACUAUCAACAUUUAAUUUAUCCUCUGCCUAUGGCAUUUAUUCUUUUGAUAAUUAGAUACGCCCUAGAAAGGUACUGUUUUGCACCCAUUGGUAAGUCCCUUGGUAUAAAAAAUACAAGAACAAAAAAAGCUACACCAAAUGAAAUAUUAGAAAAAGCCUAUCGUAGCAGAAAAAUUAAACAUAAACAGAUCCUGGCACUGGCUAAACAAUUAGAUUGGUCUGAACGACAAGUAGAAAGAUGGUUGCGAUUAAGACGUACUCAGGAUAAGCCAUCAACACUUACAAAAUUUUGUGAAAACAGCUGGCGAUGUUUAUAUUACAUAUACUCAUUUCUCUACGGACUAAUUAUUUUAUGGAACAAGCCAUGGUUAUGGGACAUAAAUCACUGUUAUUAUAAUUAUCCAUAUCAUCCAGUUUCAAAUGAUAUAUGGUGGUACUAUAUGAUAUCAAUGGCGUUUUACUGGUCUCUAAGUUUUUCUCAAUUUUUUGAUGUAAAAAGAAAAGAUUUUUGGCAAAUGUUCAUUCACCAUAUAGCUACUAUUAUAUUAAUGUGCUUUUCAUGGGUUGGAAACCUAACCAGAAUUGGCUCAUUGGUGUUAUUAGUGCAUGAUUGUGCAGAUAUUUUUCUAGAAGCUGCAAAAAUGGCUAAAUAUGCUAACUACCAGAAAUUAUGUGAUUGUAUAUUCGUCAUUUUUACAGUCCUAUGGAUUAUCACACGUAUUGGUGUUUAUCCAUUUUGGAUAAUUUAUAGCACAUCGAUAAAGGCACCUAAAAUAGUACCUAUGUUCCCAGCAUAUUAUAUUUUCAAUUCUUUGCUAAUUUUAUUGUUAUUCCUUCACAUGAUCUGGACAUAUUUAAUUCUUAAAAUCGCAUACAACGCUUUCUAUGCCGGCCAAAUGGAAGGUGAUAUUCGUAGUAGCAGCAGUGAAGAUAUUUCAGAUAACUCCAUUGAUAGUACACCACUAAAUAAUUCUACAAAUUAUGUUACCAAGCAAAAUUCCAGACAGAAGGUUCACUAACAAAUAACUUUUUAGAAAAAAGGUUAUUGCAACAGUAAUAAGGCAAGAAUUCAAAUAUUUAGCCGGGCGCCAAUUAAUUUCAGCGAAUUUAAUAAACUCUUGCAUUUAUCGUAGUAUGAUAAUUAAAAACCUUAACUUCGA